AUGGCGCCUUCAUUAGAAGAGCCAGAGGCCGUCGCCGAUGUCAUCGCCAACCCCCUCAAACAGAAGCCCCAGCUGGUCGCUCCCGAGCCGGAACACUGCCCCGGCCCCGAGUCCGAGCGAGCCGGCACGGCGUCCUCAUGCGAGGGCUGUCCCAACCAGGCCAUCUGCGCAUCUGCCCCCAAGGGCCCCGACCCAGACAUCCCAAUCAUCACGGCGCGGUUAGAGAAUGUCAAGCACAAGAUACUCGUGUUGAGCGGAAAGGGUGGCGUAGGGAAGAGCACAUUCACAAACCUGCUGGCGCACGCCUUUUCAACGAACCCGGAUAGCACGGUGGGCGUCAUGGAUGCCGACAUCACGGGGCCCAGCACGGCCAAGAUGCUGGGCGUGGAGGACGAGACGAUCCACGUCAGCGCCACGGGCAUGUCGCCGGUGUGGGUGACGGAGAACCUGGCCGUCAUGUCGAUCCAAUUCAUGCUGCCGGACCGAGACGCGGCCAUCAUCUGGAGGGGCCCGAAGAAGAACGGGCUGAUCAAGCAGUUCCUCAAGGACGUGGAGUGGGGUGAGCUGGAUUUCCUGCUGGUGGACACGCCGCCGGGGACGAGCGACGAGCACCUGAGCGUCAACUCGUUCCUCAAGGAGAGCGGCAUCGACGGCGCGGUGGUGGUGACGACGCCGCAGGAGGUGGCGCUGCUGGACGUGCGCAAGGAAAUCGACUUUUGCCGCAAGGCGGGCAUCCGGAUCCUGGGGCUGGCGGAGAACAUGAGCGCGUUCGUGUGCCCCAACUGCAAGGGCGAGAGCCAAAUCUUCAGGGCGAGCACGGGGGGCGGGAGGGCGCUGGCGGAGGAGAUGGGGAUUCCGUUCCUGGGGUCGGUGCCCUUGGAUCCGAGGAUACGGAUGGCGUGUGAUUACGGGGAGAGUUUCUUUGAUUCGUUCCCUGAUAGUCCGGCUUGCGUUGCGUUUAAGCAGGUGGUGAGGAAUGUAGGGCGGCAGCUGGGCUUGGACGAGGAGAGUGUGCUGCCAGAAUAG